AUGGUCAAAUUCUUAUUGAAAGUAACUGCGGAAUUAGAAAACGUAACUGAUUUGCAACCAGUUGAUACACCAGAACAUCCAUUCGAAUACACAUUUCAAAUUCAAUGUACAAAAUGUCGAAUGACUCAUGAUAAAGAAAUUAGUAUAAAUCGAUUUGAAAAACAUGAAAUAAGUGGAUCUAGAGGAGAAGCAAGUUUUGUAUUUAGAUGUAAAGAAUGUAAACAUGAACAUUCUGCAAGUGUAAUUAGAACUGGUCAAAAUUUUACUAUUGAUGAUUCUAAACCAGUACCAAUUUUGGAAAUUGAUGCAAGAGGAAUUGAUUUCCUUCAAUUCUUUGCAUAUGGUGAAUUUCAAGCUGUUGGGACUGAGUCAAAUACUAAGUUUAAUGAUAUUGAUUUGUCAGAAGGUGAAUGGUAUGAUGUUGAUGAAAAGACAAAUGAAGAAGUUUCCAUAAUUGAUGUUAAAUGGGAUAUAUCUCGUAGUUAG